AUGUCUUCCACCUCCCUUCGCAGGACAAGUCUUCGCCUUGCUGCAAUCCGCGGUCAGAUUCCAGUGAUCCCCCAAACUCGGCCCUUUAGCCCAAUCCGCAGGAUGUCCGUCCCCACUACCAUGAAGGCCGUCGUGCUCGAGACGACAGGCGGCCCGGAGGUCUUGCAAUUCAAGACCGACUAUCCCGUUCCCUCUCCUCAGGAAGGGGAAUUGCUCGUUCGCAACAAUAUCUCCGGGGUGAAUUUCAUUGACACAUACUUUCGAACUGGGCUCUACGCCUCACCAAAGCCCGAGGUACUAGGCCGAGAAGGCGCUGGGACUGUUGUUGCACUGGGACCCAACACUACUGGUUUCCAAACCGGAGACCGUGUGGUCUGGCUUGGAACUGGUGGAUAUGCUGAAUUUACCGCGGUCCCAGCCUCCAAGACUGUCAAGAUCCCCGAGGGUCUGACUGAUGAGGACGUGAUUGCUUCUUUCCUUAGUGGAUUGACUAUCCUAGCCUUUACAAAGGAAACUUACCCUGUCAAAAAGGGCGACUGGGUACUCCUGCAUGCAGCUGCAGGUGGUGCUGGUUACUUGAUGACCCAGGUCCUGAAAUCUAUUGGCGCCAAGGUUAUUGGUACUGCGGGUGGCCCCGAGAAAUGUGCCAUUGUGAAGAGCCUCGGCGCAGACGUGGUCAUUGACUAUCGUAGCGAAGAAGGUAAAGACUGGGUGAAGCUUGUUAAGGAAGCUACCGGUGGCCAAGGUGUCGAUGUCGUCUACGACUCCGUUGGCAAGGAUACCUGGGAAGGUAGCUUAGAGGCUGUGAAGCGCAAGGGUACCAUUAUCUGGUUUGGCAAUGCCAGCGGACCCAUUCCCCCUCUUCCCCUCGCAAAACUCUCACCCAAGGCUCUCAAGGUCGCUCGUCCGACUCUUUUCACGUACAUUGAAACUCGUGAGGAGUUCGAGUACUAUACCAAUGAGCUUUUCAGACUCCUCUUAUCUGGCGAAUUGAAAGUCAAGAUUCAUAAGGUCUAUCCCUUGGAGGAUGUUGUGCAGUGCCACAAGGACUUGGAGGGUCGAAAGACAACUGGAAAGCCUCUUCUCAAGGCUUAA